CCGGAACAAAACAAACUUGUACUUCCUGUUUGUGCACGUUGCCUCUUUCUCACCGCUAACCCUCCUCCUCUGUGCUGUAAAAAACACAGAAAAAGCACAAACAUGCCGAAAGCCAAGAAGUCAGGCAAGAGAAAGAGGUUCGAUUACAACCAAGACCGGAAGAAGAUGAAGAAAAAGUUCAUUAAGAAAUACAACCCGAGGAUAGAAGAUCCACAGAUUCGAAAUGCUUGGGACGACAAGAAGUCCAUGGCCAGGAACCUGCAGGAGAUGGGUCUGGCCUUUGAUCCAAACCGCACUCUGCCAAUAAAGAACAAGAGCCUCAUCGGUAAAGACAGCGGGCCUAAAGCUCCCGUCAACAUCGUGACCAAGCCCUACGUUCUCAACAAGCUGGAAGAGGAGGCCAACCGUCCAGAGAAAGACUCCAAGACGUUAUCCUCCGACCUGGUCGAGUACGCUCAGUACAUGAUCCGAGAACACAACGACGACUACAAGGCGAUGGCCAGAGAUGAGAAGAACUAUUACCAGGACACACCCAAACAGAUCAAGAGGAAAAUCAACGAGUACAAGCGCUGCCACCCGCAGCACUACGACGCCUUCAUCAACUCACUAGCUGCUCCACAGCCGAUGGUCCAGUAGAGGGAUUGUGAACCCUGUUCUGGACUUUAUAUCUUUCUCUGUAUCAGGAUGAGAUAGACCUCAUUCUGGAGAGACUGUCAGCAGUGCAGACAGGACAUUCAGACUGUGACAGACGUCCAGACGACAGCAGAUGCACCACCCGCAAUCAUAAUAACCAACAGUGACCGGAAGUGUCCGGGACGUCCCGGAGCUUCUGUCUCGUUAAGGACCUUUCAGGUGUUUUUGGACAUUUCUCCCCUGUUACUUUCCUCCCUGUCAAGAUUUCCUGUUUUUAUUUUUCCAUUUUGGAAUAUUGUGCUGAUCUCACUGUGUGUUCUGUGUUAUGAACGUCAAACGUGAUUGACUGAGAUGUAUUUUUAUUACGUAUCAUUUAAACACCUUGAAGCUCA